AUGCAUCUCCUCUUACUUCAGCUGCUGGUGCUCCCGCCACUGGGGAAGGCUGCGUGGCCCCAGGAUGGCGGCCAGAGUCAGAGUUCUGUUCCCCCUGUGCUCCUACUAGAGAGGAGUCCCAGAGAGCUUCCCAUGGGCAACCACGGGGAGGCUGAGGAGAAGCCAGAUCUGUUCGUAGCCUUGCCACACCUGGUAGGUGCCAGCAUUUCGGGGGGAGGCCGGUGGCAGAGAGAGAAGAUGCUAUUCAGGUUUGGCAGGUUCUGGAAGAAGCCUGAGAGAGAACUGCAUCCAACCCAGGACCCUAUCAGUGAGCAAGGCCCACCUGGGACCCAGGCCCUUCCUCAGUCCCAGGCUGGGAUGCAGAUAAAGAAGUCUCCUCUUCAGGAAGAAGCCAAGAGAUUCUGGCACCGCUUCAUGUUCAGAAUGAGUCCGGCUUCUCAGGGGGUCAUCCUCCCCAUCAAGAGCCACGAAGUGCACCAGGAGACCUGCAGGACCCUGCCUUUCAGCCAGACGGUCACCCAUGAAGACUGUGAGGAAGUGGUUGUACAGAACAACCUUUGUUUUGGGAAAUGCGGGUCUGCUCGUUUUCCUGGAGCGGCACGGCACCCCCAUACCUUCUGCUUCCACUGCUCGCCCGCCAGGUUCACCACAAUGCACUUGCCGCUGAACUGCUCAGGCCUCGCCCCCGUGGUCAAGGUGGUGAUGCUGGUGGAGGAGUGCCAAUGCAAGGUGAAGGAGGAGCACCGCGAGCAUGGACACCUCCUCCAGGCAGGCUCCCAGGCAGAAUUCCAUGCCCAGGAGCCCUUUAUCCCAGGGGUUUCAACUUAG